AUCUGACCACCUUGAGGAGGUCACAAACAGAGGAGAGACCAAAUCCGUCACCAAUGGAAUGGGCCAUUAACCUUUCAAAGACGCCAGAGAGGCUGGGACCAAGAGAAUGCACAACAUUCCUUUUUUUUUUUUUUUACUUUUAUUAAUACCAAAAAAAAAAAAAAUACAAGCAUUUUAUACUGCCAGGAAGUUCUAUGUGAGUAGACACAGUAUAAAAGAGAGAAAAAUAAAAAAAAUAAAAUAUAUAUAUAUAUAUAUAUAUAUAUAUAUAUAUAUAUUAUCACUGUAUUCACAGGUCACCGUCUUACACCAUCAUAACAUAAACGCAAUGCCUUUGCAUGUAACUUCUGUUAAACUGAAAUCAAGGCUGUGAAAAGUAAUUUGUUUAGAUUAUGUAACAAUUAUAUAACAGCAGCCAACUCAAAUAUUACGAGAUUCUUUGAAAAGGAGGACGAGGAGUUGCAUUCCGAACUGUCUUUUGUCAAAUCACAUUCAUUUUAAACAUGUUAGUUACCCUCUCACCUGUUAAUUUAUAACUAAAGCAGAGCUUCACCUUGCAUUUCAUGCCUGUUCGUCAGUUCCAGACCGAAUAUGAGCACCCGUAGUGUAGCUGUAUUUUGUACUUUUUGUCGUAACGACACUUUUUUUAAUAAAAAUUGUCUUAAUAAUAUAUGUUAGCACAUAGUGUAAGUUUUUGUAAUUAACUAUAUAUUUUACUGCUUGAAACAAAAUGGUCUUUGCUUUUGCUCUCAAUAUUAUUUUAUAUCAAAGCAAGUCUUAAUUCAGAAGAAGUCCAUUAUAGUCGUACCGUUAGCCUUAUUACAUUAUCUUUGGCUUUUUUACUCUUGGAAACACUGGUCUGAAGUUGUUUGUGACCAUCUUUUUGUAAGUGUUAAUCAUGUGGAACAAUCGGUGUUGGGUAAAAAAAACUGUUCAACUCGAAAGAAAGGGAACGUGCACUUUUUGGCUUAAAUCACAUAUUUGAUGAGUACAUUUCACAGUUUUUGCAUAUAAUGCAAGGCCUUGGUUAAUCCAAAAACAUCCAACAAGAAGGACAAAGUCAAUUCAUGUUUAUUGUUCAAGUGUUUCAUUUUCUACUUUCUGUUGCAGUCAUUCAUAAUAAAUUGCAACACGGAUGUCGUCGGCUUUCAAUACAGCGCUAGUUGGCAGAACGUUAGUAAUGCCGUCAUUUAAACGCGUAUCAUUUCUGACGUCUUUUGUCAGACAAAGAAUAUCCAGUUCUGCCGCCGUAGCUUAUCGCUAAUGUCUCUAAAUGUUCAAAGAUCCUGUAUUCUGCUUGUAUUUUUUUUGACAAUCAAGUUUUUUACUAUUCGUUUCAACACUUAUGUAUUGUUUCAGAGUAACACUAUGCAAGUCGCACCACCUUUAAUUGCAAUUACCUUGUUACAAAUAAGACCGUUUGUAGCCAGUAGUUCCAUGCAGAGCAAAUGUUUCAACUUGUAUCAUUGUCUCAGUGACCACAAUAAAGAGACCAAUGAAAACCACCUGUGAUUGUGUGCUUCAAUACUCCAGCAGCCAUAUAUCACAUAACUGGCAUGCUCCGAUCCCUCUAACAAUAGGCUUAGCUCUGGCAGCCAAUCCGAGCAAAGCAGUGAGGUCACAUGACCUGGCAGGUCUGUAUUAGGUGAGCUUUGGGUUAGUUUGAAACUGUCUGCUGCCCGGACCCUCGAGAUAAGACCCCAUCUCUCAUUCUUCCUGGUGAAAUCUAAGAAAUCAACAAGCCAUGGCUGACACAGAAGAAGUCUUGGAGGAGGAAGUUCAGGAAGUGGAGGAAACCGAGGAGGAAGUGGAAGUGCCACCUCCAUCAGAGGAAGAACCUGCACCUGAGGAGGAAGAGCCUGUGGAAGUAGAAGAGGAGCCAGAACCUGAACCACAAGAAGCUCCCGUGGAGGAGGAGGCCGCAGAUGAGACAAAACCAAAGCCAAAAUUCAUGCAAAAUAUCGCUGCUCCAAAGAUUCCCGAAGGAGAUAAGGUGGACUUUGAUGACAUCCACAGAAAGCGUCAGGAGAAGGAUUUAUCUGAGCUUCAGUCUCUGAUCGAGGCUCAUUUCAUCCAGAGGAAGAAAGAUGAAGAGGAGCUGAUCGCUCUGGUCAACAGAAUCGAGAAGCGUCGUACCGAGAGGGCGGAGCAGCAGAGAAUCCGUGCGGACAAGGAGAAGGAGAGACAAGCCCGUCUGGCCGAAGAAAAGGAGAGAAGAGAGCAAGAGGAACAGAGGAAGAAGCAAGAUGAAGAUGCCAAGAAGAAGAAAGCACUUACCAACAAGACACACCAGUACGGAGGAAUCCAGCAGAAGGGCGAGGGCCGCAAGGGGGCGAAGAAACAGACGGAGAGAGAGAAGAAGAAGAAGAUCCUGGCGGACAGAAGGAAGCCACUCAACGUCGAUCACCUGUCUGAAGAUAAACUGAAAGAGAAGGCCAGUGAGCUCUGGCAGUGGAUGAUGCAGCUGGAGGCCGAGAAGUUCGACCUCAGCGAGAAACUGAAGAGACAGAAAUAUGACGUCACUCAGCUACUGGCUAGAGUCAGAGAUCACCAGAGUGCCAAAGGUCGUGGCAAGGGCAAGGUUGGUGGCAGGCUGAGGUAAACGUGCAGCGAAUCGAGGCAUCACAGAGAUCCAGAGGACUUUGUCGCCUUCUUCACAUAUGUCAUUAUAAAGCCAUUGUUCUGUUUGAUUGCACAUGUAGAGACAGUAAAGUGACAUAUUUUACUGAUUUCCUGUUUUAGUUCUGC